AUGUCAGAGAUAACCAUCGCAUUUAAAGCUCAGCGACUGGGCUGCUCGGCAGAGGCCGGCGGAGACCUGCGGAGGCUGCUGACUGGCAGAGCUGGAGGCCGAGCCCGCAAGGGCCUGCCAGGAGCCGCGCCGGAGCCUCCCGCUGCAGCCAGGCUGCUUCUUCUUUUCUUUCUCUUGGCCCACUGGGCCCACAGUGGUCAGAGUGGCCGAGUGUGGUUUUCCGAAACUCUUUGGCGUCGGCUGGGUCUGCGUGCUCCUGGCCCGGUCUCCACCCCCGGGCCUGUCUCCCAGCCUCUGCCCGCCCGCCGGCGAAUGGUGGAUUUAAUGAGCGCCUGUGCGGCGUUGGCCGGCGGUUCUGAAGAUGCGCUGACCUGGAGGGAGGGCGCGAAAGGGGUGGAUCCGGCUGAAUGUCUGGCGCUGCGGGCAGCAGGCUCGGCCACCCGUUUUUCAGACAUAACACCAGAGAAUGCCACUGAAAUAAUCGCGUCUGUGGUCCAAGUGGCAGUCCUUCCUGCAAUGGACUGUAGGUUCUGUUGGCCCGGCGCCCAGCGAGCACGGCGACCGCGCUUCGCACUCCUUCCUCCCACCUCGCCCGUAGGCCCGGCUUCACGAUUCCCGGGCACUCGGGCAAGUAAGGGAACGCAGCUGCCUCAACUCGCUCCCGCAAAACCACCGCCAGGAGAGCCUGAAGACCGAGAACCCGGCCUAGGAGGCGCCCCGAGAGCCUCGGCGCGGGCUCCUUCCUCUUCCCCACAUCCGCCUGCCGCGGGAGCCCAGGGCCGGUGGGAGAAGGGCAGCCGUCUUUCCCGAUCCUUUCCUGCGGCCAAACAAGUCCCCAGGGUGGGCCGAGGACAGAGCGCCUCGGGCAUCGUCCGUCUCCCAGGGCUGCGGCCCAGGCCCAGGCUGAGGCUGAGGCCUCUGAGCCACUCGCUUCAAGCAUUGACAGGCCGCAACCGCCUCGAGGGCCGCACUUCCGCCUGCUCCCGACGUCCCGCGCACCCAGGGUUCAAAGGGCGCGGCCCGCCUCGACCCACUUCCGGGGUCCAGGCUCCUCAGGUCCGGCCGGCCCCCACCCUGCCCCGGACCCUGGUGGGCCCUGGAAGCCCGGAACCGCUGGGACCGAGGCCUGGAGCCCGUGGCCCGCCGCCCACAGUGGCGAUGGCACCAGGGGAGGCCGAGGCCAGAAAGGGACCCGCUAGGGAAACGUCCACACAGCUCCCUUAGGCCCACAGUGAAUUAUUUAAGCUGUUCCUGGUGUUUAAAGAGGUUUUUCAGUUUUUAAAGAAUGUUGUAAAAAAAUAUCAGCCCUUGUUAACUCCCUCAUUACAUGCUUUUUUCCCCUCAGCUGAACAAGCCCUAUUUCCUGAGUCGCAGGAGCUAUGUAUAUAGUACACUGUUGUGUGGAUGUUCUGGUACAUUUUAAGCAGGAACAGGUGUACUAGGAAAGAUUUAAAGCAUGAGAAACCUGGAAGAAGAAGUCUUUUAUUUUAGCCAAGCUGUGGAUAACUCAAGGGUGGCAAAAGAGGCUGAGGAGUCAACAGAGAAGAUGGCUGAACGACUACACGAGAUUGCUGCUGGCCCUACUUAAUAAGCCUCAUUGUUCUCCAAGGUGAAGCAAGGUUGGAAGGACUUGAAAAAAGAAAUAUGCUGUUUCGUUUCCCCCAUUCUUCCCUGUUUUCCUUACGAUUAAUCUAGUAGGUCUCAAAGUGAUGCCUGGAGUAAGCCUGAGUACAGCUAUCUCAUAAGUCAAAGUGCCCUGAUGGGUAUCAGGGAAAUCCUGCAUUUUGUAGUCUAAUAAAAAUGUUUCUUCUCUGACUCCUGGAAUCGGUUUAGUGGGAGAUGAGGGGUGCCCAUCAGAAGUCUCUGAAUUGAGUCAAAAAACAAUUUAACUUCAAAAUCCUAUUAUAUGCUGUAUCCCCAAAUCCACCCUCUAAGCUAUUUCCCUUAUAGCAUUAUCCUUAGCUAUAUUGUACAAUAAAGCUUCCUAAAGACAGUGUUUCAAUGAGUACUACUUAAUAUCAUAGCCAGUAAUAUAAAUAUAUGUAAAAUCUUCAGUGGAGUGAACAAGAAUCAGGGCAAGUAGAAUGUAGAUGUUUGGGCUGGGUGCUGUGGCUCAUGCCUAUAAUCCCAGUAC